AUAUGGCUCCCUCGACGAUCACGUACAACCUCGAGUCUGCUGCUGGCGCCGUGCGGGCGUGUCACUUUGAUGAUGCUUCGGAUUUGGUCGCGGUGACGGGGGAGCAUAGCUGUAAUGUGCUGCUUGUGGGCGAGACGACGUGUCAAAGUAUUGCAUGCUUCCACUUGGGAGGCCCCGUAACGUCUCUAGCUUGGUCACCCAGGACGGUUUCUCCGUCAGUGACAGACGAAUGGAUGGUAGAACUGGCAAUAGCUACGGACGACUUUGACCUCGCGAUAUGCACAAAGUCGCGCGAAGAAGGGGAGAACGUGGGCAAACUGGGUGCAGAGCUGACCGGCCACCACGGGCGGGUGAACGACAUGACGUUCUGCGGCGGAGGCGCGCGGUACCUCGCCACCGUCUCAGACGACAGACUACUCCUAGUCUGGGACCUUUACCCCGACAUCCCUCCCGAAGAAGACAUACCAGAGAACGCCGCAGACAUCCCAGGCCGCCUGUCCGAGCCUGUCGCAUACGCGAUCAAGUACUCCCACGCGCUGAACUCCGUGUGUGCCCAUCCGUCGAGCUCCAAGGAGCUCCUGGUGGGCGACUGCCAGGGCUCCAUCUUCCUCGUCGACUGGCGCUCGACCAUCCCCGACGAAGCGUUCUCUUUCCGGCGGCACAGCAUCCUAGAGCUCGUCGAGCCGCGCGCGCUGGCGGAGAGCACUAUGGGCUUCGCGUCGGGCAAGGGUGGUUCGGUGGCCUGGCGCGUGGAUUCACCGGAUAUAAUCGGCGCUGCGUACGGUUCACGAUAUUCAAUAUGGGACCUCACGAUGCUACGAGGGGGCAAACCGUCUCUGUCAGGUGUGAGCUUCCCCGGCGGAAACGACAAAUUCCGAUGGUGUCCCACGCACCCCAGUCGAUUUGGGAUAUCUCCCGUCUCACCGACAGCAGGCCCCGUGAUACACAUACAUAACAUGGCGUACCCUCAUAUGGAGCCCGACGUGGUGGAGCUUGCGCCCUCGCGGCACCUGCGCAUACGCGAUUUUGAUUUUCUGGCGAGUAAGGAGAGGGCACGGCUGGCGGCGAGUGUGGGGAGACAGGUUAUCAUAUCUUACGUUAAGUCGUCGUAGCAAUUUAUCGUUGUGCCGAGUGGAAGUGCUAGCAGCGAACCGAUGAGAUGAGGUAGACAUUAUUCUUCCG